CCUGUAUAACAGAUACUCGUGUAUCUACGCAUGCUUUUAAAAGAGCAUGUAAAGAUGGAAGAGAAUUCAUUACAAGAAGAAAGAGGCGAUUUAAGUAAAAGACCGCAAUUUGGAAACAGAACGCUUUCUGAUAAUGAUAAUGUAUUCCAACAUAACUCAUGGGACAAUGUUGUAUGGAAUGAAGAACAGGAAAAAUUGGCUCAACAAAAAGUAAAUGAAAAUUCAACUGUGAUGUUAGCAGAUGAUAAAGUGUGGGAAUACGAAUGUGAAGCUAAUAAAUAUUGGGACAAGUUUUAUGGAAUUCAUGAUAACAAAUUUUUCAAAGACAGACAUUGGUUGUUUACAGAAUUUCCAGAGCUAGCAGUUGAUACUGUAAAAGAAAAUUUAAAACAAUCUUUGAGAUCUGUAAAUGAAAGCAAGAAUGAAGAUGAUAAAGAAACUCAUAUUAGAAUCCUUGAUUUACCUAGUAAAACUGGACAUAAAAUUUUAGAAAUUGGCUGUGGUGUAGGCAAUACAGUGUUUCCAAUACUUUUGUAUAACAGAGAUCCAAGUUUAUUUGUAUACUGCUGUGAUUUUUCUACAAAAGCAGUAGACAUAUUGAAGCAAAAUCCUGCUUAUGAUGCAUCUAGAUGUAAAGCAUUUGUUCUUGAUGCAACUCAAGAAAAUUGGGAAACCCCGUUUGAACCUGAAAGUCUAGAUAUUAUAGUCCUAAUAUUUGUUCUCUCUGCUAUACAGCCAGAUAAGAUGAAACAUGUUAUACAACAAGUAUACAAAUAUUUAAAACCAGGUGGAUUGGUUUUAUUUAGAGAUUAUGGAAGGUAUGACUUAGCUCAACUGAGAUUUAAAAAAGGCAGUUGUCUAUCAGAAAAUUUUUAUGCAAGAGGAGAUGGAACUAGAGUAUAUUUUUUCACACAAGAUGAAGUUAGAACAUUAUUUACAAAUUGCUGCUUUACUGAGGAACAAAAUCUCGAGGACAGAAGACUCCAAGUUAAUAGAGGAAAGCAACUUAAAAUGUACAGAGUAUGGAUUCAAGGGAAAUAUAGAAAAUAAUUUAAGAAUUGUAUCAUAUUCAUAUUUGUAAUGUUAUCCUACGUUUGUCAAAACAAUUGUAUA